AAGUGAAAGCACACUCCCACCCUUUACCGCUUCUCUUUUCUGCUUUCUACUUUCUACUUUCUACUUUCCCUUUUCUCCCGAUUCACUAACUCGCUAUCAUCUUUUCGACUGAGUCCGUAACUCGGUCCCUCUAAUCAAUCAUCACACACCGUAAUUUUAAAUAAAUAAAAUGAGUGUGUCAGAAAAGUGGUGUGGACGUUUCUCUGAAUCCUAUGGAGAAGAAGAUGAUGGAAGAGUCAUUGGAAACGGGUAAUGGAAUAAGAAGGGUAAGUUCGAGAGCUGAAAUUGAUACGUCUAUGCCGUUUGAGUCUGUUAAAGAAGCGGUUACCCGUUUUGGUGGAAGCGGUCCUUGGUUGCCGCUUUAUAGGCUUGGUGAGGCUUAUAACAAUAUUGAAGACUUCGACAUAAAGAAAAUAGAGGAACAAGCAGCAAAGUUGGAAAAGGAUUUGAUAAUGAAAGAACUUGAAACACUUGAUGUGCUUGAAGAACUUGGAUCUGCCAAAACGAUUCUGGAGAAAUUAAAGCAGCAGCUACAAUCGGAAGCAUUGAAAUGUUCUGCAACUCGUGAUGUGAAAUCGUGUGAAGAAAUUGAAGCUCCUGUUAAAACUUCUAUAAACAUUGUCAACCAUCAAGAACAGAUAUUGCAAAGUUCGAGUCCUACUUCAUCGCCCGAUACGUUUCUAAUGGAGUUAAAACAAGCUAAAAUGAACCUUGGUAGAACUAUAAAUGAUCUUGGGGCGAUACAAUCUUCUGUCGAAAUAUUGAAUAAGAAGAUGAAGAAGGAGAGACUUUUUCUUGAGAGAACACGGGAGAAUCUACAAUCAAAUUUUGCAGCUAUCUCUGCUCAAAAUGUGGUCCAGAGAGAAGCAAGGUCAAAGCCACCACCAGCAGCUUCUGUAGAAAAGAGUUUUCAUACCCCCCAAAAUAUUGUGAGGGAUUUAAAAAUUGAUGCUGAACAGUACAAUGGAAUGGUUGAAACAAGACCUUCAGAAGUUUCAAAGCAAGGACUUGAGUAUGAAGAUAAUGAGUUUAGUAUCAAGACUGCUGAGAUGAGAUGGUUUGCAGCUAAAAAGAUGGAGGAAGCCGCAAUGGCAGCUGAAGCCGUUGCUCUUGCCGAAAUCAAGGCUCUGUCCGGUGUUGAUAUGUCAUCGAGACUUUCUCUGCCAGAACAUCAGAAAGUUCAAAUACCUGAAAAGUCAAUCUUGAAGAAUGUAAUUUAUUCCGACUUCCAGAUCGAUGAAUUAAGUGCUUCUAAACUGACUAUACUGAAAAAAUUUGAGGAAGCGACAGAAGAAGUUCUACGCAGCAAACAAGUUUUAACAGAAGCUUUAAACAGUAUCGAAACUGCAAAUAGAAAACAACAUGCUGCUGAAGAGGCUCUAAGAAGAUGGAUUCCUGAAAAUGAUCUAAAGGGUCGGUCCGUGCAUAACUCGAUUAAGCGAAACAAGUUCAAUCAAGCUGCCAAUUUUCAAGCUCUAAAGCCUGCUGUAAGGUCUUCUGUUUCAAUGAGAGAUCUACUUAGCAGAAAACAGGUUCCUGAUGAAUAUACUACAACGAAGGAGAUGGAAGAUCACACCGAAACAAAGGUAGCGUUGAGUCAAAUGCUUCAAGCAUUGAGGGAAAAUCCAACUCUUCCAACUGAGUCUGAGAAUGAUGAGAGAGAUCAAAAGGAGUCUGUAGCACAGAGGAAGAAGUUUGGAUUCAUCCGAAUAUCGCUCCCCUUGGGAAAGCGAAAUAAUAAAAAGACAUGAAUUUCAUCCUAAUGCUUACUGCAUGGAUGAAUAGCCACAGCUUGUGGAUCAAUUUCUUGCAUUUUGUUGCCAUUCUUUAUUAAUUCUUGUGUGGUGUCAGAUUUUUGGUUAGUCUGUGCAGAAGUUUGUGUUUGAUUUUGUAUGUUAUUUUGUUCCUAAGGGAUUGGCCUACUCAAGUACUAUGUAUUGGGAAUUCAAAUGUAAGUUAGGUGUCAUGUUCCUUCACUUGAGGGGGGGAGUAUAUUGGGGAUUCAAUGUGAGUUUAGAGUCCCAUGUUGGUUAACAAUGGGUUUCAUGAAGAUAUUAUGAGAUAACAAAUCCAUAGUCAUAGCAUGUGGUGCAGAUUUUUCUGUUUUUGGACUCUCUAGACACGGAUGAACAUCUUGGUGUCUUUGCUAGUUUGGUAUAUGGGAGCUUCACAUGUAUCUCCAUUGUUCUUUACCUUUAAUAUAUGGAUUCAGUGAUUGAAUUUGCAAUUAUGUAAUGAUGCGAUGGCAAAUAUAAAAAGUUUGAUAAUUCAUAUAUA